AUGCCAUGGCAUUUCGCGAACGUGCGCACGCCGAAAGGAACUUCUUCUGCGAGCCAUUUUCUGGUGCAGGCUGGUUCAGUUGCACUAUAUAAAUAUUACGAAUCGUUUGCCUCCUGUCCCUGCCAUGCGUCAAACAUGGAGCACAUGGAGGAUAUUGACGGCCACACAGCCAACCCGGAGACGGUAGAGGCCAUCCGGCAUUUCCGAGGGUACGCAAAGAUUGACCUUUCACAUUUUCGGCUGGAGGAUGACCACGUCCUCGGCUCCCGGCCCGUAGGCCAGAAUGUCGAGAGUCAAAAUGUCUUGAGACUGCUAAAAUUAUUUGAGUCUGUGGGUUGUGACCGUGAGGACCCUGAGAAUUAUGUUCCUGUUCUCAUUAGCCAGAAUACUUUGAGCCAGGCAAUAGAUGACUCCAGGACGACACAGGUCGUGCUUUUAAAUGGUAUCGAACCCCCAAAUCUAAUCUUGGGGCAUGGCACAAGGCUUCUAUGUUUGCAGGGCAAAAGCCGCAUACGAGCGGCGCAGGAAUUUUUCUCACCUGGUGAGAGAUGGUGGGGAGCAAGACUUUAUCUAGACACUGCUGCGAGAGAUCGGCUGCGAGAAAAGUACUCAAAUGAGCAGAAUUUCGGCGAUGGUGACAUCUAUCGCAACCUCCGCUAUCAUCAGCUACGGGGUAAUGGUCCUCGAGCGGAAGCCUGGUGGGCAAGGUGGAGUUCCCCUAAACGCCGCCAUGUGCGCCAGAUGCAGAAACAGGAGCGACUGCUAAACCAAUUUGAUCGCCUCUUACCGUAUGUUGGGCUGUGGGCCUCAGUCAAUGUUAAACUCUUUCGGCGUAUUGUUGACUCCAGAUGUUAUGAGGAGUCGAUUAAUUACUUAGACCAGACUUUUAAAGUCUGGUCUGUGCUUCCUCAUGAUGCUGCUGCUCUGGUUGAUGCACAGUCAGUGCAUCUCUUAGAGGGUCUGAUGCCAGCAUACUCUCUAGUGGAUCAGAAACGUAUUCAAGAUCUGAUGAACAACAGAGAAAUAUUUCCUGCACUUAUAGAUUCAGAGAGAAGAAGCAAGGUUUUGGAACGUUUGCUUCAGGUCUCCGGAAGAAUACUCUCUCUUCACACUUUCAGUCAGGACUUACUAUUCCUAGAACUCCCUAGCAAAGCAUUACGUGGUCUUCUUCCGAAAACUUUUAAGGGCUCUGUCAGGAAUGCACUGUUGAAGAAAUAUGUGCAUACUGAAAAUUCAUACAUCAUCCAAACAUCUGCAGCAGGUUACAGAAUAGCAGCAGGUACUUUGAAAGCAGCAUCGUAUCUAUCAUACGUUCCGCUGUGGCUCUGUGCUAUACGGCUAUUCGUCAGCCCGCUCAAGGAUUCUCACACGUCUGAGGCUAUCCAUACGUUUUCCUCUAUCCGAGGUUUGCCUUUUUUGGCAGACGAAGCCAUAAGCUUAGGUUUUAGCUCCACAGAGAUUAAAAAGUUAUCUAACCAGGAUGCCAAUGAACAGACGUGCCGCUAUUUCGUUGAGCAUAUGUGUCAGGUCGAACUCUAUGAACCAGAGCCAAAGAGACUUAGUGACGCUGUGCGCAGAAUACAAAACACUCUAAAGCAACUGCAGGAGAAAAGAAAAAUAGCUGAUGGAGUGCCAGUAUUCAGUAAAAAUGCAACGAGCGAGCCUCUUUGUCGUCGGUAUAAUCGACCCCUUGCCUCCCACCUUGAGAGUGACCGGUGUUAUUUUUUCAUUGAGCAUAUUUACGGUACUGAUCAAUCUAUUGCUCAUCAUCCGACUUCAAUUGCGGUUACACGGGAGAUAAUAUUCUCUUUCUUUGGGAAGGAACCCAUAUAUGAUCAAAUUUUGGAACUUCCGGAAUCUCCAGAGCAUGAAGAUCAUCCAACAGGCAGCCCUGGCAUCCCAUUGGAACGACCCACCCUGCCGUGGCAAACAAGUAGUUAUAUGGAGUCGACACCACCUACAGAAUCCUGGGUUCAUGAAGAUCAUUCAUCAGGUAGCCGAGACGUCCCAUUUGAGCGAUCUAUCCUGCCAGGGCAAUCUUCCAUUUUAAGCAGCUACGUGCCCUCGGGCACGAAUAAGCUAACGGUCCCCCAAGCAUCAGGAUUUGAAGACUUUAGCGGCGACCCAAAUACGAGGCUUGCCAUAGCAGCGAAUCGCAGUACAGAUGAGAUAUUGAACAUGUGGUAUGCUUCUCAAGACGACGGCCUCAUUGUCUUCUAUAUGUUUUCUACUCGACAAUUCUACAAAUUUUGGAAUGAUGACUUCGCUCUUCAAUCUACGAUAUUCUUACUAUCUAAAGAUCACUUUUUCAUGCAUUAUGUCGGGAAAAAAGGUCAAAGUUUACCUGAUGAAAGAAUCCUGGCAGUAGCCAAAGAGGAGAGAUUGUUAUUUGUUGGUCCAAAGACAGCUCCUGGAAUAUCCAUCACAGCUUCUGCAUCAGUAGAUGAUAUUGAGAAAUACGUGUCGAUGUAUGAUACUAAAACUGGAAAGCGGAAGGCGGGACGGCUAACAAGAUCAAGGCAAGAAGAAGAAGAAGAAGAGCAGGAUGAUCCGAAGCGGACUCGUGAAGUACAUCCGCAGGAUGAGAUAGACGAAGAACUCUAG